AUCAAGAAGAUGAACAGGAAACUGGAUAUUUUAACUAAUGAAGUCCGAAAGCUGAAGGAAGAAUCCCCAAACGAGGGCGACAUAUUCGCUGAGUACCCAUUCCCCGUGACUCUUCUGUCUGCGCGGCGGGAAGUGACAGAGGAGGGCGUGGUGUACACUGUCAGAUAUGCCACGGACAGGAGGGUACGGGAAAAAGUAGUAUGGGAAGUUGACGAUGACGAUGACGACUUCUCAAGGGAAAUCAUUAGCAACUCGAUCCCAGUGUACAACCGCGGGUUCCAGGAGACGAAAUUCCUGACCAGAAAUGGAACCCAUUCCUAUGUUAGCCUGUACAUUUCAACUGAGACAAGCUGGUUAAGCAUCACAUUGGAAAAUAACGGUCAAGGAAAUCUAACGACCAGAAUCGAAACUCCAAAAAUGAUCGUUGAACCGACAAGUCGUGACCUCUCCUACGAAGUAGGAGAAAACGCAACAUUUACG